AUGUCGGACAAUGUAGGCCUUUCAACGCCUCGUGGCUCUGGCACCUCUGGCUACGUCCAACGCAAUCUAGCUCAUAUGAGACCUCGAGAUCGCGCUGCUCCAUAUCCAAAGGAUCUCGACUCCAUGCGCCACAGACAGAGGCAACCGGACAAGGGCAUUCUGGAACACGAGCGCAAACGUGAGGUGGAGGUCAAGGUCUUCGAGCUGCGGGAUCGCCUCGAAGACGAGGGUGUCGACGAAGACGAGAUCGACUCGCAAUGCGAUAAGCUUAGGAAAGAGCUUCUGGGAAAAAUGGAGAGAGCCGGACGGGACCGGGACGUGGCCCCCAAGAAAGGACUCAAGAUGCACCAGGUUCACGAACUGGCCGACGCCAAAAUUAAAGAAAGCGAACGGCUGCGCAAGGCGCUGAAGAUCAACAAAGAUUACGAGGAGGGUAGUCAUUGGAGGAGGCAGGAGGAGCGACUGAAGAAAGCCUCGGAGAGAGAAACCGAAAACGAGGGCGACGAAAAAGAAGAGCGGCGCCGGGAUUGA